AUGGUUGUACUUGAUUGCACGAACGAGCAGAAGGUCCGUUAUGCUGCAUUCAAGAUGACUGGAGAGGCGAAACGUUGGUGGCUUUCUAUGAAGUUGCUAGAGGACCAAAGAGAGGAAAAGAUUGAAGAGUUCACUAAUCUGACCCAGGGGGAGAUGACCAUUGUGGAAUACGCAGCAAAAUUGGUGGAGCUUUCUUGCUUUGCACCAUUUCUGAUCUCGAACGAGGCAAGGAAGGCUAGGAAAUUUGAAAAAGGCUUGAGGUGCAGAAUAUAUGAGCUGGUGGUGGGGUUUCAGGUUCAGACUUUCUCAAAUUUAGUUGAUAAGGUUUCGGUGUUGGAAAAGAGUAUCCAGAGUAGCACAGAGCCUUCAGAGCAGAAGAAGAGACCUGCACCAUCUAGUUUUUAG